GGUAUUGACCGUUAAAGUGAAACGUGCUGUUUAACUUUUCUGGUAAAGAGUUCUCUCUGUGGAGAUAAUAUUACUUUAUUAUUACUAUCCAUGGAGAGAAGCUGGUGAGACAGGCUAAAUUACAGGUCAGAUCUGUGAAGUGACAUUAGAGGUUAUGGACUGACAUAAUUUUAUUCGAAAAAUUUGGCACUGCGACAGAACUAUGGGCAGCUUAACUGACAAAAUACGUUUUGUCAACGUUAUUUGCUUUUUAUUGACUCACAGGAAUUCAAAAACAUGUUAUUUAAGGAGAGAACGACUGUCUGACCUCAAAGUCUAUAACAAUGAUAAACGUUAGCUUAGCCUGCAUUGUCCCUGUUGUUUAGCUAACUGUUAACUGGUUUUCUGCUACUGUUUACUUGAUUUUGUUGUUUUUGAUGCCAGGUACAAACUAAAUAUUUAACAGAGUUGUAGACUUUUAUAUUUAUUAUUAAACUGUAGCAGCUUUUGGACAUUUUAGAUGUAUUUUGAGCUUUAUAAGGAGAAAAUGUCAUCAGUCAUUGAACUUUUGCCGCUCACUAAGAUUGUGACGUCAUCUGCCUAACGUCUAACAAUUUUACACCUGAUUUUUCUCGAUUUUAAUGAUAUUAUUUGAGGUAGAAUAAAAUCUAACCCAGCCUUAAAACUUAAAUUUGGUUCAAUUACAUUCAAACCACAAAUAAAUAUAUUUUUAAAGUAAGUUCAUCAAAUUAAAAGCACGUUCACUCUUAUUGUGAAAGGAGCAGCCGGAAAUUGUAUACGCAUGCGUGUAAUUUACUUGACCUCGGUUCGGUCCUGUCAAACUUCACUUGCGUUGUCUUUUCUCAUCGCUGUUUUGGCUUUUUUUAUCGAACCAUGGAGCGAAAGGUCGCCCGGGAAUUUAGACACAAGGUGGAGCUUCUGAUUGAGAAUGAAGCAGAGAAGGAUUACCUGUACGACGUCCUCCGCAUGUACCACCAGUCGAUGGAUUUGCCCGUCCUGGUGGGUGACCUGAAGCUGGUCAUAAAUGAACCAAAACGUCUGCCUUUGUUUGAUGCAAUCCGACCUCUCAUUCCCCUGAAACACCAAGUGGAGUACGACCUGCUCACCCCCAAGAGGUCGAGGAAGUUGAAAGAAGUGCGUUUAGACCGGAUGCACCGCGACGGUCUAGGCCUGAGUGUGAGGGGAGGACUGGAGUUUGGCUGUGGUCUUUAUGUUUCCCAGAUCGUAAAAGAUGGACAGGCCGCUAACGUUGGCCUUCAGGUUGGUGAUGAGAUUGUUCGCAUCAACGGUUACUCCAUCUCCUCUUGUAUCCAUGAAGAAGUCAUCAGCCUCAUCAAGACCAAGAAGAUCGUGUCACUUAAAGUCAGGCAUGUUGGCAUGAUUCCUGUGAAAAGCUCCUCAGACGAUCCUCUCAAGUGGCAGUUUGUGGAUCAGUUUGUCUCAGAAUCUGGGGAGAGGAAAAACAGUAUUGCAGGUCUAGCGUCUAUUGGAGGGAAGGAGAUCAAGGAGAAGAAGGUUUUCCUCAGUCUGGCGGGCACGAAGGGCAUGGGCAUUAGCAUCUCCAGUGGUCCCACCCAAAAGCCGGGCAUCUACAUCAGUAACGUCAAACCCGGGUCGCUGUCUGCAGAAGUUGGUCUUGAGAUUGGUGAUCAGAUUGUGGAGGUUAAUGGGGUCGACUUCACCAGUGCGGACCACAGAGAGGCUGUUAAAGUGUUGAAGAGCAGCAGAAGUCUGACCAUCACAGUUCUGACGGGGGCUGGCAGUGAGCUGUUCAUGACAGAUGAGGAGCGGCUGGCGGUGGAAGCCCGACGGGAGCUGGACCGACAGGAGCUGAUGCAUCAGAAAAAAGUGGCACUGGAGACCAACAAAAUUAUCAAAGAACAACAAGAGAAGGAGCGACAGAGGAAGAUGGAGAUAUCCCAGAAAAUGACAGAAGAAGAGGACCGUUAUAAAAGCGAAAUGGAUAAGAUUGAAGCUGUCGAGCGUAAACACAACAGAGACUGGGAGGAAGACUGGGGCAAACAAAACAGACCCAAAAGCCCCAGAAGUCCCUCCCCAGCACCGCCCCAGAUUAAGACCCCACCUCCAAAAGCUAAGGGUUCUCAGGAUGACGAAGAUGAACAAGUCUUUGAGAAGCACGGGGAGGAUUUUGACCCCUACUCAAUGUUCUCAGCGGAGCAGAUCGCCGGACGAGACGUGAGGCGACUGCGAAUUAAAAAGUCUGGACAGCUUGACCUUGCUCUGGAAGGAGGUGCAGACUCGCCUCUUGGAAAGCUGGUGGUGUCGGCCGUUUAUGAAGGAGGAGCAGCCGAUAAGAACGGUGGUAUUGUCCCCGGUGAUGAACUCAUGGCUGUGAAUGGGAAGAUACUGAUCGAUGCCUCAUUGACGGAGGGUCAGAACUCGCUGGCUCGAGCCUGGAAUAGCGGAGGGGACUGGAUCGACGUCGUGAUCGCCGUCUCCCCUCCGAAAGACUACGAAGACGAAGUCCCUAAGUCAGCAUCAGUCAGUCCCACUGUGAACACUAAGGUGCAAGGCAGUGCGUCUCUGUACAGGCACGGCUACCAGCUUCAGAACUAGCCCUGCUCUCGCCCCGGUAAUAGAUCUUGUCCUCACCGUCUCAAAGAAGAUGUUUGCUGUGGAAUUUGUUUUGCGUUGUCUGAACACAUGUGACAGUCUCAGUGUUUUGUAAUAUUCCACUUUAAACCUUUCACCAA